CUCUGUGUUCGAAACUACUUAAUUGGUGCCCUACAUAUUGAUGAGCAUGCGCACUGUUUCUAUGACGACAGCACGCUGUACAGGGAGGGAACUGUGUGUGCCGAGAGUUCAAGCAAAGUGAUGGCUCAUACUCGUAUAUCGGCGAAAUAUCCGCCGCUUAUUGAUGUUACUCGGAGACCUCUAGCAUACGGUGACCGUGCUCUUCCUAGACUUAACAGAGAGUUAAAUGAUGAAACUUUGCUGGUGCGUCAAAGGGCAGUUAUGUCUCUUUGCGACUAUCUGCAUGAUCCAGAACACAUUGCUGAAGCUUUGAGAGUUGGUAUUCCUUCCAGUUUGAAGAACCUUUUAUCUGAUCCAGACUUGACAGUGCGCCAGAAAUCAACGGAAUGUCUCUAUGUCAUAGCAGGUCAUGCGGUAGGACGUGAUGCUUUUCUUGAGCAUAACAUUAUCGAGCCAGUGUCCCAACUGUUCAAUGAUAGGGAGGAGAUUGCUCGCAAGAAUGCUCAUUUGGCUAUUGAAAUGAUAUCUGAAACCUUUCCAGGAGCAGAGGGCAUAGUUGAGGCUAACCUGGUGCCAAUUCUGGUUAAGAAACUUAAAACGGAGGUUGAUGAACUCAAGGAAAUUAUUUUGGACACAAUGCACUUCUGCCUGCUGGUAAACACCCAGUAUGCUCUUGAUGCAGGAGCAAUGGAAAUAUUCACUUCCCUUCUGACCCAUCGGCUUCCUACUAUUCGUGCCAAGGCAGCUGGAGAUAUUAUGCACCUCAGUGCACCUCUCGAUGGCAAAAAUAAAGCUGUGGAGUGCAACACCGUGCCAGCUCUAAUUGAUUUACUGAGAGAUCCAUCAGCAGAUGUUAGGGCCAAUGCUGCAGGAGCAAUUAUGAUGAUCACAAUCACAACCAAGGGAAAAUACACUGCUAUCAAUGCUGGGGCGAUUGAGCCUUUAGUUUCUCUAGUGGAUGAUGACAAAAGUGAGGUCAGGAUAAAUGCCUUGAAGGCUUUGACCUGUUUGUCCGAGGCUCCAGAAGGCCGUAAAACACUGCUCAAUCAAGUAGAACUAAUUCAGGCAAGAACUCUUGACCCCAUCCCAGCAGUCUGCAAGGCUGCAAAAAGAGCAGUAGAAGUCAUAACUUGGAAACCCUGAAAUCAAUACAGCUGUUGUUGACAUUCCCCUUCAUACAGAAAUUUUACAUUUCCCUUUGAACAAAUAUGACAAACAAUUCUAAGAUGAAGUUCUCUAUUGACAAACAUUCUUUGAACGUGGAUGUGAAAGGUUGCAAAACAGGUAUCAUUAACUGAACAACCUGUGGAAGGUAUGCCAAAGAAGCAAGAGCCAUAUGUUAAACUCCAGCUGCUAGGGCUAAAUUAAAUAGUAAAAUACCCAUAUAGGAGAAUUAAAAAAGUAGUGAGAAAUCAGUUCACGUUGUGGCAACACUGUACACAAGUAAAGGGAGAGAAUCUGUGGUCCUAUGAAUGUCAAGGGCAUUGGUCACGCUGUAGCAUGUCCAUUCUUCUGGGAUACUGGUCAAUGAACAGAUGACGAUGAGUGGCUUUUUAAAUAAACUGGACAUCAUUUUCUGAGCAUUUCAACCCCAAAAUGACUAGAUUUUAAGCCUUUCAGCUGAAGCACAGACUUGUAAAUAUAUAAAUAAAUGUAUGAAAUAAAAUAUGUUUCAAAGAUAAA